GGGGGUCUUCUUUCAGGAGCCCCAUACCUGGGCCCACUCCGGCCACUGCGGGGGCGUCGGGGACACGGGUCUGGUCUCCAGGGCGCGAGGAGCACUGACCAGUCCCUCCACUGGCUAAGGGGCCACGGCCGGCCGGCUUCUCUUCCCCCCGCCCCCCGGCGGAGGGAGGAAGGGGCAAGGCUCGCGAGACGUGGCCGUAGCCGCGGGAGGCAGGGCUGGGCCGGCUGGGUGGGGGGGGGCGCCGCCGCUACCGCCGCCGCCGCCACCGCCCGCCCGGAGUCGCAGACGCAGCCCAGCCCCCGGCGGCGGCAGAAGCAGAGGCGCCCUCCUCCUCCGAGAUGACCUCCUGCCACUCUGGCAAGAUGCCUGCGCCAUGGCCUUGGUCACUCCAGCUCUUCCUGAUCCUCCUUUGCGUCCCAUCCUCCAUAGCAGUCUCGCCUGGCCAGACAGAUGAGCUCAAAGUAGCCACUCAGACGGGCUGGGUGCGUGGCAUCCGGAUGCCAGUUCUCGAUGGUCACAUUUCGGCCUUCCUUGGCAUCCCCUUUGCCGAGCCCCCCGUGGGCAGGCUGCGCUUCCUGCGCCCAGAACCGGUCAAGCCCUGGCAACAUGUUCUCAAUGCCACUUCCUACCAACAUGCCUGCUACCAGUUGGUGGACAAUACUUACCCAGGAUUCCAUGGCACGGAAAUGUGGAACCCAAACAGGGACAUGAGCGAAGACUGCCUCUACCUCAACAUCUGGGUGCCCUCACCACGGCCCAGGAACACCUCUGUCCUGGUCUGGAUCUAUGGAGGGGGCUUCUACAGCGGCUCUGCAUCGCUGGACGUCUACGACGGGCGCUUCCUGACCUACACGCAAAGUGUGGUCCUGGUCUCAAUCAGCUAUCGCGUGGGGGCCUUCGGCUUCUUGGCUCUCCUGGGGAGUCAGGAGGCCCCGGGCAACAUGGGGCUGCUGGACCAGCGCCUGGCCUUGCAGUGGAUACAGAACAACAUCCAGUAUUUUGGGGGCAAUCCCAGAACAGUCACCAUCUUCGGGGAGAGCGCUGGGGCUGCCUCCGUGGGCAUGCACCUUCUUUCCUCGCAAAGCCGCUCCCUAUUCCAACGGGCCAUUUUGCAGAGCGGGGCGCCCAACGGGCCAUGGGCCACCAUCACACCAGCGGAGAGCCGGCGCCGCGCCACCCUCUUGGGGAAGAGGGUGGGUUGCCUCUUCACCAACGACUCUGAGCUGGUAAGUUGCCUGCGCUCCAAAACACCUCAGGAGCUGAUUGACGAAGAGUGGUCCGUCCUACCCUACAAGAGCAUCUUCCGCUUUUCCUUUGUGCCGGUCAUUGACGGGGACUUCUUUCCUGACACCCCAGAAGCCAUGCUCAGCACAGGAAACUUCAAGGAGACCCAGGUCUUGCUGGGGGUGGUCAAGGACGAGGGCACCUACUUCCUGAUCUAUGGGGUCCCCGGCUUCAGCAAGGACAAUGAGAGCCUCAUCAGUCGGGAAGAUUUCCUGGAGGGGGUGCGGCUCGGCGUGCCACAUGCCAACGAUAUUGCCACCGAGGCUGUGGUACUGCAGUAUACUGACUGGCAAGACGAGGACAACCAGGAGAAGAACCGGGAGGCCAUGGAUGACAUUGUGGGGGACCACAACGUCAUCUGCCCAGUCAUGCACUUUGCGACGCGCUAUGCUGAGCGUGGCAACAAGGUGUACGCCUACCUCUUUGACCACCGAGCUUCCAACCUUAUCUGGCCCCUGUGGAUGGGGGUGCCCCAUGGCUAUGAGAUUGAGUUUGUCUUUGGGCUGCCCCUGAACGACAGCCUCAACUAUACUGCCCAGGAGAAGGAGCUCAGCCGGAGGAUGAUGCGUUACUGGGUCAACUUCGCCAGGACAGGGAGCCCCACUGACCCCGCAGAUAAGGAGGGUGCCUGGCCCACGUACACCCCCUCCAAGCAGCAGUACGUCAAGCUCAACACCCAGCCACUGGCCAUGGACCGCAGCCUGCGUGCCCAGAUCUGUGCUUUCUGGAACCGCUUCCUCCCCAAACUGCUGAAUGUGACAGACAACAUUGAGGAGGCGGAGCGGCAAUGGAAGCUGGAGUUCCAUCUCUGGAGUGCCUACAUGAUGCACUGGAAGAACCAGUUCGACCAUUACAACAAGCAGGACCGCUGUUCAGAGCUGUGAUGGGAGGAGUGGCAUCACCCCCCAGCCCCACCCCCCCAACCUUGCAGGUCAAAGGACCAGUCUGCCAUUUGGUCCAAAGCACCCAGAAGAGUCCAACCACCCAGUCCAGGGGGACCCCUCCCCCCCAGCAGCAAGUUGAUCUACUGCUCCACUUGGGGAGGACACCCCACCAGUUGUCUCUCACCCAGCCCCCAGCCACUCCCCAUCUUGUGCCCUGAGCCUGCCCCACUCAGCUGGGAUUUGUAUAUAAUGUUUAUUUAAAGAGGAAAUGUGGUAAAUCUAUAUAUAUAUAUAUAUCUAUAUAGAUAUAUCUAUAUUUGAACUGUAUAGCAACCAGAGCUGCAGCGACAACCCCCACCCCCACCCCACCCCCGCUUUCUGCCUCCUUCCAGGC